CCUGUUGCGGUAAAGAUAUAGAUCAUAUACAUAGAAUAAGCAAACUCCAAUGACAGAAUGACGUUCUUUCGUGCUUUUGUGCAGGAGGUUCUCUUGUGCUUCUCAGUUUUUUUGCACCACUUCGGGUUGGAAGUAACCGCUGCCGUAUUCCUAAGGCCGGACCGACAGAAGCAGGAGCAAAUCAUCGUCGGCGAUUGCCUUGUCGUGACAACGACGGCCUCCGAUUCGUCGCAGGAGAGAGACAAACCACAGGACCAUCAAGGGUCGCUUCGUGGCGACGCGAAGCAUCCAACCGGCUCGACAUAUGGCGGAUCCACUGCAUAUGGCGGCGGCCUCUUCCA